AUGGAGAGACAAGAGAUAGCAUCACAGAUUCUUUCUAUACAGCUGUUAAAAAGUGAUAGCGAAACGAAGGAGAAUGGUGUGGUAAAAAGGAUUGCAGAUGGGUGUAGUGUGGGAAAAGUGGGAAUGGGAAACAGCACAGCUUGGCAGCCAUGUGAGAAGAGUGGUCAAAAGAGUGGGAUCGAUUGA